UCCUGCUAAACAGAGAGGUGUGGCUGAAGUCUAAGGAUUUGGAUUAAGGGGCUGGGAGGAGAGCUGUUACUUUGCCAGCAUUGCAUAGGAGAGCCUGUGAUGUAUGAGGGGUGCUGCCUCUUUGUUGGGGUGACUGCAUGUAACAGCACUCUGUAACACACAUUGUUACACACUGGAUGUAUCUGCUCAGCAGACAUGAGGACAGCGAACAGACUUUGUGUUACUGCCUGGGCUCUGUGUCAGCUGUGGUCCCUGCUCAUGGGGGCAAUUCUAACCUCUGAUGGAGCUCUGGAUGCUGAAGAGACCUGGGAGAUGGGCUCUGGUCAGAUGACAGAAGAAGUGGAUGUGCUAGAAUCACUCUUUCUCCAUUCUGUGAACCUUGCGAACGUCUCUUUUGGGGCCGAAAACUCCUGCCUGUCCUUAGAAAUGGGCCAAUACUCCACACUAAGCGUUGCUACUCGGACAACGUUCGGAGACAGUUUUGCAGACGGGUUGUCGCUGUUAGUCAUGUUACGCUCAUCUUUGAAGGACGAAACAGCUCUUCUAACUAUCCUGAACCUACUCGGAGAGGUCUCCUUUCAGAUCCGGAUUAACCCAAGCGCUCUCAUAUUCAUCUCCAGCCGCAGAGGCCUCUAUGAAUUCCCGGUACCAUCCCUCACGGAUGGUAGAUGGCAUCGCGUAGCCCUCUCUAUUUCUGCCAAAGGUGUGUCUCUCCACGUGGACUGUAAACUGGUGGAGACCCUUCCGUGGUCCAACUUUUUUGGGUUGGGGGUCAGCACAGAUGGGAUCGUAAUGCUUGGAGGAGUCAUUGAUCCUUUUGAUGUCCCCUUUAAUGGGUCUUUGCAGAAAUUGGUCUUUGUAAUGGGAGAUCCGGGAGCUGCUAAACGGUUCUGCAAAGAUUAUAACCAAACCUGCUUGAGUAACUUCCCCGCAGAACCUCUCUUAAACCUGUCUCGCAGUGAACGGGGGAGACGUCUGGAUCCAGCUUUUAAGAAUUUGCCAUCAAACGCAUCAUGGGAUCGGUUAGGAGAUUGGGGAGAUCGUACAGAGGAAGCCGUCAAGCAAGGAUCUCACAAAUUCAUCAAUGAGCUAGAUCUCUCACAGCUGAAAGAAGAAGAUCUGAUACCUGCUAUUCAUCAGGGCUCAACUCUUGGACAUGGCGACAAAAGCUCUAAGAAAGAGGAACGCUACAAAAAAACAGACUCUACUGAAGAAAAUAUCACAUCCGACAAGAAGAAGAGACCCAUCUCAGAGGGACGCAUUCCAACAGACCAAUCCACCAAUGACAUAAUAGACUUGACAGAAGACCCGGUUCACACCAAGGCAAGCCCCCUACCUACACCAGUUUCCAACGCCUACUUCAACUCAACCAUUGACCGCUUUCCUACAGCACCACCCGACCAAGAGAAUUGGACCACUAUCGUAAUUACUUCACACGCUUACAAUGAUACUUCCACACAGAGGAGUUCAGGCAGCGUUGAGGGGGUACUGGAUAAAAAGACUACAACAAGUGAUAAGCCACUAAAUACCCCUAUUCGUGGCUUUCCAGGGCCACGUGGCCCUCCUGGCUGCCGUGGCCGUCCUGGAUUUCCUGGACCAAAAGGAGACAAGGGGGAACGAGGGGUAAUGGGGCGCGUAGGAAUGACAGGGAACCCUGGGCCGGGUGGACCACCAGGAUUACCCACCAUAAUGAUCUGGAGCAACACAAAGGAUGAUUGGGCAGCCUUUUAUCAAACAUCGUUGUAUCAGCUGCUGCACUCCGGUUGGCCUCGAAGUCGGGGACCUGUGGGCCUUCCUGGUAUCUCUGGCAAACCAGGAGCGCCGGGACCACCUGGACAUCCAGGGACGUUUGGAGAAAAGGGACAGAGGGGUCCAAUGGGACUACAUGGACCCACUGGUUUACCGGGGCUACCUGGUAUCCCUGGCAAAGAUGGAUCAUUUGGAUUAGAUGGAAAACUCGGUUAUCCUGGAUUAACAGGAACAAAGGGGCAACAAGGCUUUAGAGGGGAUCAAGGACCUGUGGGUGAAAAGGGAGAUGAAGGGUACAUUGGAUCUUUAGGACUGAUCGGUGAAAAUGGAAUCAAGGGGGUAAAGGGUUUAAAGGGAGAGCCUGGUCCUCCCGGGUCUGUAGGAGUACCGGGUCCAAAGGGUGUGAAAGGCGAUUCAGGAUUCCAAGGACCUACAGGACCAACAGGGGAAAUGGGCAUCCCUGGAGCUCGAGGGCCAACUGGCCUAGAGGGAGACCAAGGAGAGCCGGGGCUCCCCGGAAAUCAAGGGAUUAAUGGGUCUCAGGGCGAUAUUGGUCCUCGAGGAAUCACUGGUCAUCGUGGUCCACGGGGACCACCAGGUCUUGAAGGUGUAUGUGGACCCCCAGGAAAGAGAGGACCUCCGGGAAUGAUGGGACCAGAGGGGCCCCCAGGUCAGAAAGGAGAUAUGGGAGCACCAGGAUUUAUAGGAUCACGUGGGGAAAGAGGAAUGCAGGGGCCCAUGGGGUUAAUUGGCUGGCCUGGUCCUGAUGGACCUUCUGGGGAAAAGGGUCAUUGUGCCGGAGAUGGAGAGAAAGGGAACGCUGGUGAAAAAGGUGAAAAGGGUCUUCCUGGACCAAUGGGUGCUCAUGGGCCACCUGGCAUUCAAGGACAAACUGGUUUUGUCGGUUUUCAAGGACCAAAAGGCCACAUCGGACUUCGUGGAGUUGUAGGUGAUGAAGGACAAAUAGGGCCUCCUGGUUCAAAUGGCAGCGAGGGUUCCAAGGGAAAUCGAGGACCUGAUGGACCAAAAGGGGCUGCUGGACCUAGAGGAAACAGGGGACGUAUGGGACAAAGAGGCCUUGCUGGUAUACCAGGACCUCCGGGUCAGCGAGGAGUCCAGGGGCCGCAGGGAGCAGAAGGACUGCCUGGUACACAGGGACUUGCAGGUUCUCUCGGGGCCCCUGGAAUCAGAGGAGUAACCGGUCUGGCCGGACCUCAUGGGAAUAUUGGAAUGGAUGGAUCGUCUGGACCACCAGGCCCUCCAGGGAGACAAGGGAUGGACGGAGCACCAGGGCCCUUGGGUGAAAGGGGCUUUACCGGUAAGCAAGGACCUGAAGGUGCACAAGGACUUGUAGGCAUGUAUGGUUUCAAAGGCGCGCCUGGAGAAAGAGGACGCAUAGGACAUCCGGGAGAAAAGGGGGAGCCGGGUGUACUAGGAUUUCCUGGAGCACGGGGGAAACCAGGACCAAAGGGCCCCCGUGGCUCACCAGGAGAUCGAGGACUUCCUGGACCUCAGGGUCGGAUUGGAGAUCCAGGGGAACAAGGUUUACCAGGACCACUGGGACCACCUGGAAAUACAGGGCCAGAUGGAGAGCCUGGGAAGGUCGGAUCCCCGGGUAAUCCAGGUCUACCUGGCGAUGAAGGGGCCCCAGGACCCACAGGACACCCAGGUCGAGAGGGUCUGGUUGGUGUUGAGGGACCAUCUGGGGACAAAGGUGAGAUGGGUCCAAUUGGAGUGACUGGAGACCCAGGAGUCAGGGGACUGGAUGGAGAGCAGGGUAAACCAGGCUCCAUUGGAAAUGAAGGACCGGCUGGCUUAAAGGGAGACCAGGGAGACCCUGGUGUACCUGGAAGCCCUGGUCCUACUGGACCUGCUGGGGACCCAGGUGAGAGAGGACAGCAAGGUCUACUAGGUGCCCCUGGAGACCAAGGCAAGGAGGGGGAUGUAGGUGACCCUGGAGACAAUGGGGACCCUGGUGCACUAGGAAAAAAGGGAGAUGUAGGUCAACGUGGCAGCCCUGGAAAUCCUGGACCAAGCGGUGAGAUGGGAGAAUAUGGCAGCAGAGGCGGAAAAGGAGAGAAAGGACAGGAAGGUUUCUUGGGUCCACCAGGGCUUAUGGGAGUUACUGGACCAUCAGGACUUCCAGGACUAAUGGGAGCUAUUGGGAACCCAGGUUCACUGGGAGCUUCAGGACGUCAAGGAGUAAAAGGUGAUACUGGUUCUGCGGGUGAGCAUGGGUUCCAUGGUCCCCAGGGAAUAAAGGGAUUCUUUGGAAAACGAGGAGAAAAGGGGGACAGAGGUCCUAUGGGACUGCCGGGUGUAAUGGGUCAACCUGGCAAUAAAGGUGUUCAAGGGCAGCCUGGACUUAGUGGAGUUGAGGGGCCCAAAGGGGACACAGGACAAUCAGGAGAAAAAGGAGUUCAGGGAACACCUGGUCCUGCGGGGGAAUGGGGUACGGCAGGGAUACCUGGACAAGAGGGUCCUCAAGGUGAAAAGGGUCAGCCAGGAGAACCAGGUGAAUCGGGACAAGUGGGACCUGCUGGAAACCCUGGGCAAGAAGGAAGAAUGGGACAGAAAGGAGAGAAGGGUUAUCAAGGAAAGGAUGGCCGCCCUGGCACUCCAGGAAGUCCUGGCAGAAAGGGUAAAAGAGGAAGAGCGGGCCCAAGGCCACCAAGGGGGCUGCUCGGUCCUAAGGGGGCUAAAGGAAACCAGGGACCACAAGGACCACCAGGACCCAGAGGACCUUAUGGUAUUCCAGGACUCAGAGGACAAGAAGGAGAUCCAGGCUUCAGCGGUAUGAAAGGUGAACUUGGCAUGGAUGGACCAAUUGGAGUCAAAGGAGAAGAUGGAAUGAAGGGAAAACAAGGACCUCCAGGACAUCAAGGUCUUCAAGGAGAGAAAGGGGAUCAGGGUUUCAUCGGCCUUCUUGGGCCACGAGGAUUUCCUGGUCCACGGGGAGAACCAGGACCAGAAGGACUGAAGGGACUGAAAGGAGUAGAAGGACCAGAAGGUCAGAAAGGACCAACUGGAUCACCUGGCCUUCCCGGUCCGCCUGGUCCCCCAGGGCCUAAUCUAAACAUAAGUGCUCUAAGCUUACAGCAUUUGCCUCCACACAAUGAGACCUGGAGUAGAGAAGGGCCAUUGAGUCUCCUGCAGAGCCUGGAGCAAGAGUUGAAGCUCUUGGCUGCUCCACCAGAUGGCACUAAGGAAAACCCAGCGAGUACCUGCAAAGAGUUACAGCUAGUACAGCCUCAGCUCACUGAUGGUUAUUAUUACAUUGAUCCUAACCAGGGGAGUCCAGGAGAUUCUCUACUCGUUUUCUGUAAUUUCACAGCAGGAGGUGAGACAUGUGUACCUCCCGAGGAGGGCCAGAUCCCUGUUAAAGCGUGGCUUCAGAGCUAUCAGAAACAAGAUGGAUUCCAGUGGUUCAGCACUCUACCCGAGGGUUUUACAUUCACAUACAGAGGUUUAGGUGUCGUCCAGCUGCGUUUUCUGAGGUUGCAGAGCAUCCAGGUAUACCAGAAGAUGCGGUAUUUGUGCCAGGCUAGCCAAGGUAUCGCUGCUCGGGACAAGGAUGUCAAGUUCCUCACUGAUACCCGGGAUCAGAGUUUCCUCGUUACUCUGCAGGGCUGUGAGUAUGAAGAACAAUACAAUCGAACAGAAACUCUUCUCCACUUUGCUCCUUUGGACACAUCUCUGUUGCCACUACGGGACUUGGCUUUGUUUCACGAUGGCGACACAGACCACCUAUUUGGCUUCUUCAUUGGGCAAGUGUGCUUCAGCUGAGAGCAAAAGUCAACUUUUAAAAUUUCGUCCCCAAGGGCAUACAAAAGUAAAAAUGGAAGACCUGUGUUAUUUAUAUAGGAUAUUAUCGCAUGGGUCCUGUGAUCUUGCCUCUUUAACCUCCUCUCUCUGGAAGGGAGACCAUAUAUUGUUUACAGUGAAGCUACUGGUGCUCAGAAGCUAAACUUCUGCUAAAUCUCCUGGCGAGAACCUCCAUUACACCUCAAGACUUUCUCCCAACAAGGCAGGAACUUCCGUUACACCUCAAGAUUUCCUCGCAGUGGGACAAAACUUUCCUCAAUAUGGCAGGAACUAUCUGUGUGCCUCAAGAGUUCCAUCCAAUACAGCAAGAACCAUCUGUGUCCCUCAAGAUAUCCCAUCAAUAAAAUGGGAACCACUUGCUACACCUCAAGACUUCCCUUCUACGUGAAACCUUAAAUGCACUUAAUAUGUGUUUCAUUUCAUGAUUUUUUUUUUAAGACACACAAGAUAAAUGGUGAUUACAACAUGUCUUAUUUGGAAUUAAUAUCUACCAAGUAAGAAGAACAUUUCAAGGUCAACUAAUAUCAAUGGUACCACAGCGUAGAGGAACCAAUCUCUUAAGAAGUACUUAUCCAGUCAUUCCAGGGCAGACUAUGAGCCUAAUGUCUAAUCAUUUUAAACACAUAGACCAAAUGGUUUUAGCUUGUAACACUGAUAAGCAUAUAAAUGAAUUGCUUGCAAUUGUAUUGUUAUUGGGUAAUUUGUUGAAGAAUGAAAAUCCCAAGCGUAACACAAUUGGACUGACUUUCACAAGACUCUCCCCUGCCUAUGCUUUGAAACUAGGUGUUAUACCAGAGGUGUAAAUAGAACUCUAGAUACCAGAAUCGAAUCUAACAUGAUGCGCACAUAAAAUGUAUAAUACAGAUACAACGUGCAAGGAAUGAUAUAAACAUGAAAAGGAAGACUAGUGGAAAGAGGGGAGCUCUAAGCAAGAACGUGAGGAAUGCACUGGAUCUCUUUUUGUAUUUUGGGAGAUUUUGUUGUACAAUGAAAGGCUGUGCCUUCUGUGGUCCAUAGUCCACCCUGUAAUGUCCAAAACCCACUCUGCAUUGUCCAAGCAAUUACAAUUAAGUAAUAACAUGUUAAAAAUGAAUAUAUUAGUCAUGCGCUCAAACGCCAACUACUCUUGGGCAGCAGCAAUAGCUAAUGCUUUAAUAUAUAUAUAAACCAAAAAAAAAAAUCCAAUAAAGUUACCUGCAUUCUAUACAAAGUCACAAUAUACACUAAAAUAAGAGAUUUUUAGUAACACUAAAAUGGUCAUUAAAAUGUAAGCUUAUUUGCCAACAUCAAGGUAUGAUAUAGCCACUGCUCUAUUCUACUACACAAGAGCAGUAGUAGUUUGUGUUCAGGGAUCAUUUCUGUGUUUUAUUAGCUUUUGUAUUAUGCAGCCAUGUUAAAUCGCUGCUGCCCCACCCCAUGAGUCUAUGUCCUGUUAAGGGUUAAUUAGUUUGUAGAAAUAUAUGAAAAUACACCUUUCUGUCUCAUGACAAAUUUUUCCUUUAAGCUGAGGUGAAUUGUUAGCAUUGCACGCACCCAGGGCAAGGCAAGUAAUGCACCCCCUAACUCGUGGACAGUUAAGACUCCCCAAGUCCCUUAAUGAGCCCCUAGAUAGCCUCGCUCCUCCUUCCCCACCGCCUCGUCUCCAUGAUUUAUGUGAUGCUGAUAAUUGCGUUGCGUAAACUUUCAAAUCCACCUCAUGCCUAAAAUAAUGUGCAUAGUCUAUACACCUUUCAUUAGUUGUGAAGUGGAUUUUAAAAAUUACGCAAUAAUCAGGAGCGAAGCUAUCUAAGCACUGUUACCGGCAUGAUACUAUUUAAUAGGCAUUUAUGCAAUGCCUAUUAAUAGCAUGAUUUAAUGGUGGUAUCUUCAAAUGGAAAUCACGCUAUUAAUAGGAUAAUAUAAGGAAAAUAUGGCUGUAAUUAGCAAGAAAAUUAUUGUAAAAUGUUACGUGGCAACGUUUAUUUGCCCUGUCAUGUUAAAAAACUGUGUAGAAUGUUCAAACAUUGGAAGAUGUUCUGUGUGGGGUGCCAUUUUUUUUUAUUUAUUAUUACUACUUUCUUUUAUUUUUACUUUUGAAAUUUUGCACCCCAAAGAAAUUUGCAACAAGGGCAACAGCUCCUGUGGCCCCCAGCCACACGACUGCCUAAGAGAUGUGCCUUAAAAGGGCAGGUGGGGUUACUCUUUAAUGGCCAUGCAAUGGUACUUAAAACCUCUAUUGUUGGGCAUAGGUGUUUAGUAUGGUGUACAGGUGACUUUAGUUUUUGUUUUUUAUCUACACUGUUCCUUGUUUAUUCUCCAAACCUUGACUCUUCUGUCUUCCCUAAGUGCUGCCCUGUACCAUGGCUGUCCCGCCAGUGUCUGGUAUGUUCUACUGCAAUAAUUUGUGGAUUUAACAAUAAAAUUCUGCUUACUGGUUUGAUGCUUAACCCCUUAAGGACACAUGACAUGUGUGACAUGUCAUGAUUCCCUUUUAUUCCAGAAGUUUGGUCCUUAAGGGGUUAAACAAUCCAUUGGGCAUCUUUUUAAGUACUCGCUAUGUUUGGGCCUAAUUGUGGACCAUUUUCAGCCGAUGAUGUGAUGAUACGCAAUGUAUUUUAACUGUAUAUAUUAUAUAUAAAAUGAAGAUGCACACUUUCUAUGCAAAAUAAAAAUCUUUUUGUGAUACAA